UCCCAAUCAUUUUGGAUUAUCGGGACUCCACGGUAUUUCUAUUACUCUCUUUGGUUCAAAAAGGUGAUUUAAAGUCCUUUCGCUCAGCUUUAAAUUGAUCGAGGUUGUGUAACAGGAAAACAUUGGAUUUGCAUUUGGCAGAACUUGAGUUCUAAUCCCUAAUCCUGAUUUAGGUUUUUUAUAGUUUCUCGAAAUCACUUCAGCAAAUGCUGAGACAAUUUCUUACUAUAGGCCAGUGUUGGCCAAAUACACUCUUUACGAGGGCCAGAUAUUGUUUCUGAAACUAAUCCGAGGGCCAGAUACACAUGAAUAAAUGCUAAAUUUAGAACAGCAGUUAUUUUAAUGUAAUAUUAUUCCAUAGGCUAAACACAAUAUGUGGCAUGGUAUGAAAAAAGAUAAAUAAAUUAUUUAAAAAAAUAGUAUUUACAAAAACAAAAUUUAUUUAAUUUAAAAAUAAUUACCUUGAAACAACAAAUAGAUGACAAAAAAAUUGUAUAUACAAUUUUUAUGAAUCUUUCUGUGAGAUUAUUAUGGCUUCAUAACAAUGUUUACUUAUUAAUUAUUCUACAUACAUGCAAACAAAGAUGGCUAAUACUAAACAUUAAAACUAAUAACAUUUCUUUGUUACUAAAUUCUUUAUAUGAGCCGUACCAAACUAUGUCAUGUUUUGGAUUCGGCCCACGAGCCGCCAUUGGCCAUCACUGAUAUAGGCCAUGGAUGAUUCCUCCUUCGAUUUUUCACAAUGAUAGUGCUUUGUCCAUCUCUAAUUACCAAGUCGUCAAAAUGUUCAUUCAAAUGUUUCAACGGAGCCAAACUUGCAUUUCACCCACAGUGGGCGGUGGGACAGCUGGCUGCGUCAUGGCCAAUCAGCUGAGCGCCAAUGGCAGUGUAUCGGUGCUGCUGGUAGAGGCAGGUCAGCACUUCAGCUGGCUGUCCACCGUCCCUCUGUUGGCAACCCUGCUGCAAGGCACGGCCAACGACUGGCGGUACUGCACGGUGCCGCAGGCUACGUCAUCAUUCGGGCUGUGGAAUAAGAGCUCCGCCUGGCCGCGCGGGAAAGGCCUGGGCGGCAGCGGCGCGAUGAACUACCUGCUGCACUUCCCCGGCACGGACGAGGACCUGGACGCCUGGGAGGCGGCUGGGGCGGAGGGCUGGGGCAGCGCCCACUUGCGGCCGUACAUCCGCCGCGUGCAGGGGGGUCCCGACUGCCUGCUGGCCCGCUGCCCCGGCGGCUACGGGGCGCUCCUCAAGAGGGACGGGCCUCGCUGCCCGCUCGACACUUCCCGCGACCAGCCCUGCAAGCUGGAGGGAGGCACGAUGCAUGUCACCACGGUCGACGUGCGACUGUCCCCGCUGGCCCGGGCCUUCGCGGAGGCCGGCCGGCUGCUGGGGCUGCCGUUCGGGCCUGCGCAGAGCACGGUCCGGCGCGGGCAGCGCUGGGGCUCGCUGGACGCCUACCUGAGGCCCGCCCUGCACAGGCCUAACCUGCACGUGCUUCUGGGCACGCUGGUCGCCAAGGUGGAGUUUGCGCCACGUCUACGGGAUGACAACUCGAUCGCAGCAGUGGCCACCGGUGUCAGACUGCAGGGGCCCGCUGGGGAGUCCUGGGAGGUCAGCAGCCGGCGCGACGUCAUCCUGAGCGCCGGGGCUGUCAACACCCCUCAGAUCCUGCUGCUUUCCGGCGUCGGUCCCAGAGACGAGCUGAGCCAGUUGGGGGUGGAUGUCGUGGCGGACCUGGCGGUGGGCAAGAACCUGCACGACCAUAUGAACAUGCCUCUGUACGUGAGCGUGGAGGCCCCGGUCAGCACGACGCUCGACAAGGUCUUCACUCUCGCUGAAGUCCUCAAGUACAUCGCCUCUGGAGAAGGGCUGCUGGCCUCAUCGUCCAUAGUGGGUGUGGGGUCGGCUCCUGGCAACCUUGGGCUGGUGCUGUUCGGCUUGGGUUCCACCAACGAGCAGCUGCUCCGGGACAUUGUGAACCUCACACCUGAUACGUUCGGCGCGCAGUUCCCGUUCAGCGGGAACCGCAGCCGGGAGGGGUUCGUGAUGCUGGCGUCGUGCCUGCAGCCCCGCAGCAGGGGCACCGUGCGUGUGGCCGGCACGGACCCCGCGCAACCACCCCUGAUCGACCCCCGCUACCUGGAGCACCCCGCCGACCUGCAGUGCAUGGUCCAGGCGGUGCAGCUGGCGGCCCACGUGGUCGCAAGCGAGCCGUUCCGCCGGCUGGGUGCGCGCCUGCACCUGCCGCGUCUGCAGCGGUGCGCGGGCCCCGGCGACGCGCGGUACCUGGGGUGUGCCGUGCGCACGGCGGCCAUCACCGGUCACCACCCCGGGGGGACGUGCCGCGUGGGGCGGGCGGGCGACCGGGGCGUGGUGGUUGACCCCGAGCUGAGGGUGGUGGGGGUGGACGGGCUCCGCGUGGUGGACGCCAGCAUCCUGCCGACCCCCGUCUCCGGCUGCCCCAACUCCGUGCUCGUGGCGAUGGCCGAGCGCGCGGCCGACAUCAUCACUCGCUCGCCGCUGCGACGUCCUUGACCUGCCUAGGGCGUGUGCACAUUACAGCUGCACUCAUCCGGAGCCUUAGCCGUCACUAUCGCUGUCUGCAAUCAUAAGAACUAUGAGUGGCAUUGACACAUCUAGGGAUUGGGGGGGAAGAAAGUAAAAUAAAAUACCAUUCUGAGCUUCCAUUCAGUGCUCAUAGGUAAGAUCCGAGGAACUGAAAUAAGAGAGUAACAUUACUUAAAAUAGUAUAUAUAUAUAUUUUUUUAAUUCUUACUAGUUUUUAUGUUUCAUUUUACUUUCUGUUUGAUUUCCUGCAUAAAUAAUGUGGUGAAACUUCAAAUAAUCAGUACUUGCAUUCAGCAAUCAGGGUGUCUAUAAAUAUGUACUUAAUGAAUCAAUUUCAGGACUUUUUUACGACCUUAUAAUAAAAUUUUAUUUCAGCUCUUUUAUAUCCCAAAAUCACUUUUUAUAGAAUAAUCAAAAUUCAACUUAAUAGAAAAAUUGAAGUGAAAUGUCAAAAAAAAAAAUAAAAAAGAAAGAAAGCUAGCAUAAUGCUGCUGAAAAUUAAAGUUUUUGUCACUUAAGUUCUGUUAAUGUUUAUUUCGGAACUUUUUCGUUAAUCUUGUGACCUGAAGACAUCCUGGUAAUUAGCAUUUAAAUAUUGGUAGAAGGUUUUUUUUAAUAUAUAUUCCAGCCUUACGAACAGUGAUGCAAUAAACAAUGCACAAUUCUUUAACGGCGCCGGGUUCGCUCCACUGUUGGAGAAAUCCGCGUGUCUGCGCUAGUGGUACUGUUCAGGUAGCAGGGUCGCUCGUAUCUCUGUCUCUGUCCCGAGUUGGCCCUCUCUGUCUAUUAGGCUUGGGCAUUCCCGGGUAAGUUAAUCCCCAAAGUCCAGUGCCAGGAAGGGGGGCGGGAUGCCAUGUUACCAAACAUAAACCUAGCAGGUAGAGACAUUCCUGGAAGCAGGUCAUUCAUCCCUGCCUUUCUGUUGUUUGAAGACAUCAGCUGCCCGAGUUACUCUCGCUGCUAGGCGAACCAGACGCUGGAUUUCAGUGUGAAGCGCAUAAGCUUGUGGAAGAGUCGUAUAAAUGUAAGCGAUAAGAAAAUGGUUGCACUCUCAUAAAAAAAAAUUCAUCUGCAAAAAACGUAAUACUUAAAACGAAUGUAAAUUAAAGACAAAUCGGCCAGAAAUCAAAGAUCAUGUCAAAAACGUAUUAAUUUACUAAAUAUAUUUCAGUAAGACUUUUUUUUACCCUGCUAUUGAAAUGUCUCUUUUAUAAGGACAAUAAAUGGGUGUUAUUUAACAGAAUAAUUUAGCCACGCAAUUACUUAGAAUUCGGAUUAAACAAAUUUUCAAUAUGUUUUAUUAAGGUGACAUGUUUCUUGGAAAAGGCUUCAGUAAGAAUGAGACACAAAAGUUUUUUUAGUAAAAUUUAUUUAAGAAGUUAGGUUUCUGUACAUAAUUGUACAGCUGAAAGUGUAUAUAUGUUUUGAUUAAUAUUAAACUGGUUUAAAAUCAAUUUUAAGAAAACUAGCUACAGGCAAGCAAUUUUUUCUUUGCGGUGACAUACCGUCCAUUUACACAACUAAACACUUUUGAAAUUACCCCUGAAAAUAUAUCUACCCAUAACUACGUAUAAUGUAAAAUUGUUUUGUAAACAUCCAGUCAAGUAGGCAAUGAAAGUGCGAAAGUACAGUUUAGUGCAUUUACGUCUCAUUAAAUGUUUAUUAUUUAACUUGCCAGCUCCUGUAAUUGGUUUAUUUUUCUUUAUGUAAGUAGCAUGUUGGUAGCAUUUUGAAGAUUGUAAUAUUGCACAUUUAUCCGUUUCGCCGUUGAGAUAGUACGCAGGAUUUUCAACAGUUUUCAGAUAAGCCUUUACACACUUCUUUUAAUUUAUUACUAAUACACAGAAUUAUACACUAAGAAAAUAUUUUGUGGAUACAAAAUAACUCCCUGUUACAUUGUGUGUUUUAAUCCAAACUAAUGUACAGCUAUUCUAUACUUGUAUGUACAAUCAAUGUAGGAAAUAAACUAUUUUCAAAGAUGUUUACAGUUGCUAAAGUUGUUUCCAGUUUACACAUUUAUGUUACCAAUACUAAGGGCCAUAUCCAUAGCAAAAACACCCAAAACCAACAGCAAAACAAAAAAUUAUGAUGACUCACUACAUUCGUAGUUUGUAAUGUGUAGUUGGUGUAAGAACAAGCAAUUUUUAUUCUUUGAGGUAAAUCGAAAAAGUACGUUUAUUCUCAGAUUUUACUACAAGAUAUAAUUGCAUACUGAAUUAUAAUACUUUGAGUUUAAAGCAGGUUUAAUAACGUAUAAAUCACUUAAAGCAUAGAGAAGGGAAAAUAAUAUACUGAAAGAGGCAGCAUUAUUUGCAAACUGUUUGAUUUCAUAAAGUAAAUAAAUUGAUAAACUACUGAAGCAAGCCUUGGAAACUUAUUUAAAUAGGUUGUAAUUUUAUCAAAAGCCCCAGAGGAUACAAUUUUCUAUCACUUAUGCCAGAAGUAAUCUCUAACAAUUUAAUGUGUGAUUUCCCAUCUUUUUUAAUUAAAUGUGUUUCACAAUCAAAUGCGUGUUGUGUGUCAUUAAUAACUCUAAGCUUCGUUGAGUUCUAAAAAUGAAGAAUGUUUGUACUGUAUGUAAAUAAGGCUCAUGAGAUAAUUUUUUUUUGUUUUUACUAUAAAUUGUUAUGUAAAGAAUCGCCAGUUUCACAAAGAAUAAGCGAAGGACCAUAAAUGAAUAAUUGAAGGUUUUCAUCACUGACCUGUAGCUAAAACAUGGCUUGAAAAAUGUAUUUUGUGUUUUUACACAAGGGUUUCAAUUGUUUUGGGAAAUAAAUUUUGUAAUAACAUAUGCCUUUGGCAGUUUUCUCUUCUCGUAUAGUUGUAUCUAAACUUUUUUUUUAAUAUGAAACACUGCACGCACAUGAUUGAUUAAUUCAGUAUGUCUCUAGGACUGAUAUAACAGAUUUUUAAAAUAAAUCUUUAUGAAUAUGAAAAUUUAAUUCACAUUAUCCUACAACAGAAUCAUAAAUGCACCGGGAGUUCCGUACACAAACAUGUUUUAUCUCUAUUGCGCAGUGCUGCAGUGGUCAAGUCUGUGUCUGGCUGAUAUUUAAACCACACGAAGGUCAAAUUGAAAAAAAAAUUAAAGUGGACAUUUAGUUUCCAACCUGAGGCAGGGUCUACAUGGGUGGAAUGGGGCUGACACUCACUGGAGCCGACUGCCCUACCCGAGGGACAGACCUGUCGUUCCGGCCAGCCUGAAGUAUGCAUGAGAUGAGAUGGAUAGACCUAUGGUGCAGUGACGGAAUGAACUGGUGGUGAAAACAGGAGUACCCCGAGGAAACCCACAGGUCACGGCAACGUCCGCCACGUAUCCCACUUGGGAAAAUUCUGGUUUGACCCCGCCGGGACGUGGCAGUGAUGUGAAUUUUAAAUAUAAAAAAAAACUAAUUUAUCUAUUAUUACCAAGUGAUUUCUCGUUGUAUUUUCCCCAAUCAUUGGUCUACAUUUUGUAAGUAAUAGAAUCACGUUAUGUUAAGCGAAGGGACGAACCGAUCGAGGGAUUCUGAAGUAUUGUCCACAUUUCCAUAUUUUCACAAACAAAUAUUUUUGUGAUCAUUGUUCUCCCUUAAUAAAAUUAGACAGGGGUUAUUUUUGUAAGAAACGCAAGUCAUUGGAAAUAUCUAGAGUUUUUAUGAUUUUCCUCUUCCAGAAAAGUGUGAAUUUCUUGUUGUAACUUGAAUGCACGCGAUAAGACAUUUGAACGUGAUAGACAUUGUGAGUUACAGUUGUAAAGUAUGGCUGUUUGCUUAGCUCCCAUGCCCAUGCAUAGUUUUUUGAACAGACUGGCUGUCAGCGGCUAGGUAGUUUUACUACGUCUAUGACACGUUCUAAAAUCAAGUUCAAUUCAGAGCUCAUCAUCUUCGAUGCCAGUGCUUCCCUAUGGAUGAUGUAAUGAGUCCACAUAGCACGGGGUGCUUUACUACGAAUAAGCGCUUGUAAUCCUCAAUAGCGGCCAUACAUUGAUCGUGCACCAUCAGCACUUACGCCGAUACACUUUUCCCAAUCAAAAUUAUUUUCUGUUAAAACUUGUCAAGAAUUUCAGACAAGUCUUGAGCCUUUGUGUAUCAAAUGAUACUUUUGCAGAACAAAAGGUAUUUAACAAUAAUAUUAUCACCCAGAACCGUAAGUAACAAGUAAGAUGUGCAUCUUUAUUACUGUCGGUAGCCUCAUCGAGUUGCAGACCAAAUUACAUACAUUCUAUUUUCUCAAUUAACCAUUGACAUCCUCAGCUAUAUGAUGGAUUCUUCGACAAAUAGUGUUGUUAGAUAAAGGUAUCUUUGAAAUUAGUUCUCCCGCCGAUUUUACUACCAUUAAUAUUAACCAUGGUGAGAACAGCCGUACAAUAAGCUCUUCUGCAAUGGCGAGAGGUCAUUUGCACUUCACCACCCUGCAUAGCACGUUGAAAGAUGUUAUCAGUGCGUUGCUUAGUACUGAGGCUUGUUGAGUGAACACUUUUUUUUGUAAAUCUUGCAACUUCCUACUAACAAAGUCGUGAUAUUUUUCAACCAUGGUAGGGUGAAAGGUCUAGAGAUGUCGCUUUCGCUUACUUGGUAUUUUCAAACAGAACAUACACUGCAAUCUUUCUUCAUUGUUUAUUUCUACUGAAGUAAUAGAAAAUUUUCCAUUUUGCGACUGGCGUUUUGCGCGAUCACAAAGCGACAAAAUUAAAACAAAGCAACCAACAUUCGUUGUGUUCAAAAAUUAUAUUUCCAUCAGCUCGUGGGUGGCAAUCCUACUUAACUGACAGCCCGUGGGGUCAGUGCAUGUACACAUUGUAAACCAGCUGAUCAGAGUUCACAGCUUUUAUUGCACAUUUUGUAGGUUCCAGGCAAUUUACUCAAUCACCUGAUUUGCAAUGUUCACGUCUGCUGAACACACUUUCUGUUAGUUAAGUAGAGGUGCAAACCUACAAGCUGAUUUGAAAUCUCAUUUCCGAAUUCAACCCGAGUGUGAGUACCAGCCAGCGCAGUGAGCGAUGCGUGCAGUGCGCACGAUUUGAACGGUUUAUUGCGAAUGCAAGUUAGUUUAGUUUCCGGAGAACAGUGAACAGGAGCGCCCCGCGGCACUUGAGAGCCCCUGGGCUAACAGCACAACGCAAACUAAUAUGCUGUGAACAAUUUUUCUAUCUUCUGAUAUUGUCAUGAACAACACACAUAAUGUCCAUACCAUAGGCCGUAAAAAAUUACAUUUAUUUUCCAAUCGAUAUUGAUAAAUCUAGCAUUAUUAUUUUUUUAAUUUACUGCUGUGUGUCCAUCUGUUAUGAAAGUUUUCAAGUAUGAACUAUUUAAUUCCUAUUAAAUAUUAUAACUUAUGAGACUAAGAAUUUUAACAUUUUUAAAAUAUUAACUGAGAAAUUGUUAAUAAGGUAAUAUUUUGAUGUUGACUAUACCUACACAUUCAUCCGCGAAGAGUAAAUUUUAAAUUAAAAUAAGUCAAAGAAUUUACUUUCAUAAUUUCAAAUUCAAAGUCAGAAAAUCGAUUAUUUGAGUUAAAAUACUUUAUUAUGUUAAGUGAUUCAAAGAAAGUAAACUUCAGUUGUAUCUUUAUUAUUUGUAUUAUUUUUUCCUGAGGCGUAACACAAUGCUUAAUAAUAUUUUCCGAUAUUCUUAAUUAAAUCCAGCAGGGAUGAAUACCAGACGUACACCAAAUUAUUAGUGUCCUGAAAAAGUUUAUUGUUUCUAGACACAGUAUUUCCGCUCAAGUAUCCAAUGCAUCAACAGUUGAAAAUGCUCAUAGGUUACUUGCACGUAUCAGUCAACAUAACUCGAGUAGCAAAAUUUUAAAAUACUGCUCGAGGUUUUUGCAUGCGGUAGUUAUAUGUGCUAGAGAACAGUUUAACUAAGACAUUGAAUAUUUUAUUUAGAAAUCAUCUACAAAACUACUACUUUCUCUUUCCGUGAUGAUGGCUGGUUGAGCACGUGGUGGUAGUUUAUUUUAAAUUGAAUUGUUAGAAAAUUAAUCUUAUGCAUACACUGUGGGCCCCUUAGAAAAUUUACUAAACUUAGUUUGAUCGUAUGUAUGCUAUUAAAAUAAGAAUGUCACUAACAGUAUCUGAACUAAAUAAAAAUUAAUAAAAAACAAAGAAAGCCUCUAAAAAGAAAAAAAAGAAAAUGUGUUUGUUAGCCAUUUAACUUAAUUAAAAUUACCUAUUGAUAUUUUGAUCCAAGCGUCAUCACAUCGGAGGAUCACUUCGCUAAAUAAUCCACAAAAUUUGCUCACAGCUCAUUUGAUAAACACUUUAUUACGACCUAAAAAAUUUCAUGUGUGAUGCUAUCAUCUUUCGCAAAAUAAGUAUUUUUUUUUACUGUUGCUGGGUAUAAUUCAUAAACCUCUUCUGUUUGGCGCCCUCUCUUAUAGUACGGUUGACUUGAGCGGGCAGACACGAGAGGGCAGAUAUCAUAGACAGUUGUGUGUAUUUUGCGAAUUAACACAGUAAUUUAAUUAAGACUGAAAAAUAAACUAUUUGAUAUUUUUGUUUUAUUACCUACUUACGUUGUCUACAUAGAAAACUUGUAUUUAUUAAGACGUUAAGAUAGAUGAUUUUAUAUUUUCUUAUUACUUACCUACGUUGCCUAUAGAGUACCUACUUGUAUUUAAUUUUAUACUGUAGCUUUGCUAAGUUUAUAUUUAUUUAUAUUCUGUUUUUAUUUCGCUUAGCGACCCCCCGACGCGAUGACACUUGGAUUAAAAUAUUGGGGCGACUGAAUUGUUGCCCAUUGGAAGGGCAGCCCUUCAGGAUUUAUCUGAAGUGGUUUGUUUGUACAGCGACUGGAAGGGCAGCCCAUCCAAUUUCUGAAAACAUGUUCCUUUAAGAGUUUAAAUAAUUCUGAAAACCUGCCCUUUGGAUGGGCAGCCCAUCAGGAUUUUUCUAACAGUAGUGUUUUUGAAAGGUUGUCUGAAUUGUUGCCCCUUGGAAGGGCAGCCCAUCAGGAUAUCGUUGACAGUGGUGUAUUUGAAGAAAAGUCUGAAUUAUUGCCCCUAUUUUCGCCGAUACAUUGCAAAGACUGAAUAAUGUAAAUAAAUUUGUUACACUGCAUACCUACUGAAUAACAUAGCUGCAUUGUUUAGCAAAGUAUAUAUUUAUAGGUAUCGAAGGUAAUAAACUUUUAGAUUAAUAUCUGCAUGUUUUAUGAUGAUUGCUUAUGCUUUUUUUAAAUUGAAAGUAAUUCGCUAAUGGUUCACACUAAUAACGUGUUGUACGAAAGUAUGCAUUUUGAAAUUUUGUUUUGACAUAUUUCACCCUUGAGGUGUUCUUAUAGGGUGGACCAAACUUAAAACUUCACUAUAAUUUAUACGUAAUGGUAGUAUUUUUAUGAAAGUCGCUUGUGUAAAUUUGAAAACACUUAAUUGUAAAAAUUCACUGCAAUACAUGUAUUUUUAUAGUUAUAUCGGUGUAUUAUUACAAUGACAAUGUGUUAAAAAUCCUGAAAUAACGAGUAAUAUUGCUUGAUGUUUGUGUUCUUACAUGUAUAAUUUAAAGUGUAAUUUAAAAUCACCUUCUAGUACAUAAAUAUGUACGUUUGUAUAUUUUAAUCUCGGUAUUUCCACAUUUUAGGAUUCGAAGGAUCAUUUGAACUGAAUUAGGUACACUUACUCUACGUGUUUUCCAGAAUUAAAGUACAAACACGUACUAUUACCAAGCAAUUUGUAAGUGCAAUUUCACACUUUUUUAAAAUUGUUGUUUGAAAUUGAUGCAAUUCAACAAAGUACCAUGCUAGUUUAAUAGUAUGAUUCAGUGUCGUGUGGUGGAGUAAUUGUGUGAGUAAGCUGUCUCACCUAUCCCCGACUUUAAGGCAGGGGGUCCGGGGGCCCUCCCCCGUAAAAAGUGGCGUACCCACGAGGAGGAGCAUGUGUAAUGAGCAGUGCGAGUGUAGUUUGGUAUUUCUUCUUUACUUGAUACAACUUGUUUCUUUUACUUUUAAAAUAACGUCUACCAUUCUGUCGUGGUUGACACCCCCUGUGUCACACCACCACAAGUCAGACACCCGUCUGGGAACAGCCUUAAACACUCCACGUUUCAAAUUAUUAUUUUGCGCGCUGCUCCAAUAAACGAGUGCCCCAAAAUUCUUAAGUAAAUUAUUCAAAGACCUUUUGGAAAAGGAAGAGAACAGAGUAAUAGUAUUUAAAACGAAAAACACGUAAUUACUUGCAAUGCCAACAACUUUAAUGGGACUACUUGCGCAUGAACAUGGCAGGCAAUUUAAUUGAAAACAAAAUCUCAAAAAGAUUACAAUAAUGCCUAUAACCUUUUGCCCUAUAGUGCUACAGAGGCUUUUAAUAGAGCCACGUUUUAGUAUAUACCAAUAAAUAAAUACUGUAAUAAAAUCAAACAUUGAUGACAAGCAGCUCCAAAUAUAUAUAUAUAUAUAUAUAUAUAAUGAAUUACAAUUCUUUUUAAAUAAAAGUUAAUAAAAAUAAAUGUCACUCUACAAUGUCUUAAUUACACCCGGGUGAUUUUUAAUUUACGAUGCUUCGCGGCAAGCAUGAUACAAGGUUCGUUAAAAAUGGGUACCACGAUGGAACAUACACUCGAAGUUGUGGGCAGGGUCUUUUGGCAGAAGUUACUUUUCGGAUUAUUCACUCUUAUUUUGGCAAAGUCCAAAUCAACGCCCCGGGGUUACAGGGGCAAAAGUUCGGAGCCGGAAUCACUUACUUGGAUGAACGAUGUACGUCGAAUCACACCCCGGACCUCCUGGCCCGGAGUUUAGCGGGCUGUAAUUUAGCAGAGGUGCUAAAUGCUUCAUAUUAACUCUGCAUUCAACGGAAAAUGUAGCGUGAACUCUUUUUCUUUUUGGCAGCACCCGUGACAACUUAAGUAUUCCCCAAUGCUCAAUACACGUCAGCUGAUUUUAUUUAAAAAGUAUUCGCGAGCUUGCCCCGGCCCAAUACCACAAGCCAUCAUCGCGCCCGUUACGCCCGAAGCGCACACGCACCACACGGCGAUCAGCUGACGACUCACGCACAGCUCAUUCUGUCCUCCCUUGACGUAUUUCCCCCACCACCUUAUAGCCUUGGAACAGUCCAUUUGCAUGCUCACAGGGGGGAAGCGUCGCACACAGUAUUAUGAUUAAAAGUCCAAAGCGUUAUUAUUAAAUAUUAAGAAACUAAACCAUUAACGUAAAAAAUAACAUAAUAUAAAAACAUAUUUAAAAAUAAGAUUUAUAAAACUUAUAACAAACCAAUACUUUCUUUUAAAAAAAGGAAAGGGGCAAAUAUUAAAACUAAAAUUACGUAACAGCCAUAAUUCAAAAUUACUUAAAAUAAAUAUAAAAUCAAGUGGCCAUGCCGCCUAUGGCCACAAAUCUCCCCGGCCAAAAAAAAAGAAUCUAAAAAUUGUAACUAAAAUACAUAAUCUUACAGCUACCUAAGUUCCACAUAAGUCUUGAACACUUAAAGCAACAUAUAAUAAGGCAAGUAUGAAAAUUCGAAAGGGAGAGUAUUAGAAAUAGUCUCAAAAGUCUCAAGGCACAUUUAGUAUGCUUCACAAGAUAGAACAACACGUAAUUAGAACACACUCGUGGAACAGGUACAACUAUGGUAAACUUAAAUCAGUAAACUAAAUAGAAAUUUAAUAAAAUUUUCCAAAACUUACAUACUCAUUUCCUUUUACCACAAAAUUUCUUAAGAUGCGUAAUAUGUGCUUUUCGCACUCUUAACUUAUUUCCUACUUCUUCAAGCAACACUGUUGCUGGACCUAGAAAUUUCUUAAUAAUAAACGGCCCCCCAUAUGGACUUUGCAACUUAGCGGCACGGAAUUUGGCUUUGUUGCUCUGCCAAAAUUGACGGCAUACUACUUCUUGACCCACAGUGAAAGGGUUGGGUAGCCGGUCUUUGUCAUAUUGAGACUUCAUUUUAAGCCUCACUUUAUCCAAAUUUGCAGCAACUUGCUCCCACAGCUGCUCUAAUUUUCGGGGCCUGUGUAUAAGCAAAUUAUCGGAUUCCAACCCCCAAAUAUUUAACAAUGGAUGGCAUAACUCGCGUCCUAUAAAUACAUGCUCGGGGGUAACUCCUGUGGCACCAUGCCUGGUCGUAUUAAAAGCCAAAUUUAAAAAAGGUAAAUAUUCAUCCCACUUGCGUUGAUCGCGUUGGUGAAAAAUGGUUAGGGCAACUUAAACGUUUUUGUUUACUCUUUCUACCAACUUCGGGUUUGGGAAAUAUGGACUAGUAUUAAUAUGCUUUAUGCCCCAGCUUAAACACAUACGAUUAAAGGUUUCACUAUUAAAGUAACUAGCAUUAUCCGAAAUUAGUUGCUCUGGGGCCCCGAAUAAACUCCACACUUUUUCCACCAAAUUCUUCACCACUUGAGCACUUUUCAUAUCGCGCAUGGCCAAAAAUAUGCAAAAUUUACUAAAACCAUCUACUAGAAUAAGUAAGCAAUUAUUCCCUUUCAUAGACCUGGGUAAGGGACCAAAAACGUCAAUAAACGCCCUUUCCCAUGGUCGAGUAAUUUUCUCCACAGAGUAUUUUCCCACUUUAGUGUUACGUGGCUGUUUGGCCAACUGGCAAAGUUCGCAUUGUCUCACAUACUGCUCCACGUCAGACCGCAUCCCAGGCCAAUAAAAUUUGGCCGAAAUUUUUUCAAAAGUCUUUUCAAUACCCCCAUGAGCCCCUACUACUGAGUCAUGAAAAUAUCUAAUGACCAUAUUAAUUAAUCCUCUCGGCACAUAUACUAACCUUUUUCCAUUUUUUACGAAAUACACUUUAUCUUUAAUUACCUGAAAAUCUUUAAAUUUAGGUUCAUGAAUACCCGCUCGGAUCUCCCUAAUUUCCGGGUCCUUGCUUUGCCAUUCCUUCAAAUCUACAAAACAUUCGGGAAAUUCGCCCAACACGUUACAAACUACCAAAUCCUCAGCUUCACUACUCGCAUCUAAAUCAUCCACCUCACUAUAUUCUUUCUCAGCCUCAAAAUCUUGAGGGUCAUACAUUCUGGAUAACGCGUCGGCAACAACAUUUUCACUACCUUUUACGUGUCUGAUUUGGAACUUAAAACGGGUUAGGCGCAUUAUCCACCGCCCUAUUUUCCCUAAUUGGCGGGGGUGGGAAAAUAACCAUGUGAGCGCCUGGUUGUCGGUACAAAGCUCGAACUCUGCAUGUUCCAAAAAACUUUCAAAACGUUCUACAGCGAAAAUACAGGCCAAAGCCUCUUUCUCAUAAACGCUAUAUUUACGUUCAUGCCGAUUAAGGGUACGACUGACGUACAUCACCGGUUGCAACCCUUUAGGACCUUCCUGUAAUAACACCCCGCCCAAUGCUAAACUAGACGCAUCCACCUGCACAAUAAAUUUUUUGUCAAAGUCUGGCAACGAGAGUAUUGGUGGUUCCGAAAGGGCUUUCCUUGCUCCUCUCCCCAUAUAAAAGCUACACCUUUUUUCUUGAGAUGAUUUAAGGAUGCACAAAUUUCCGCAUAAUUCGGAAUAAAUCUACUAAAAAACCCUACCAUUCCCAAGAAACGCAUAACCCCUUUUACAUUCUUAGGGGGGGGGGGGGGGGGGGGGAAACGCACGAUCGGUGCCACUUUCAAGGGGUCCAGUUCUAACUUCCCAUUUCCUACCACAAACCCGAGAAAAUGUAUUUGGUUUUUAGCCCAACAAACUUUGUCAGGAUUAAUGGUAAAUCCCGCAGAUCGUAAUUUCUCUAACACUACCCUCACGUGUUCAACAUGCUCCUCUAAAGACUCUGAAUAGAUACAGAUAUCAUCAAGAAAACUAAGCACAAAUUUAAACUGCUCUUCAUUCAAAAUUUUUCCCAGAAUACGUGAAAGGCAUUGUGCACCAAAAUUUACCCCAAAGGGGACUCGUUUCCACUCGUAAUGUCCCCAGGGGGUGACAAACCCCGUGUACUUACGACUGGAUUCGUGCAACAUACAAUGGUGGAAAGCGGAAUUCAGGUCCAAAAUCGUAAAAAAUUUAGCCUUGCUCAAAUAUUGCAAUAGAACUUCUAUUUUCGGCAUGGGAUGGGGAUCUAAUAGCACCUUCUGGUUCAAAAAUCUAUAGUCCAGCACAAGCCUGGAUUCCCCUGGCCUUUUCUUCUUUACUAAAAAUGCGGGAGAGGCAUACGGUGAGUCCGAAUGCGUAAUAAUGUCCUGUUCGAGUAAAUCUCGAAUAAUACCCUUAAAUGCCUUCAUUUUCGGGGGAGCACACUGGUAUGGGGCACAUUUUAUUGGCACUUCAUCGUUUAAUUUAAUGACAUAUGGGGCCAACUCACACUUCCCUAUCCGAGUAGUAAUCACAUCCUUAAAUUCCUCUAUUACCUGCUGUAUCUUGUCGGCCUCUCUUUCACUUAACCUUUCCCGUGCCUCUUCUAUCCCCCCACACACCAUCUUUUUUUUCUUAGGUUUUUCUAGCAUUAUUUUAUGCCGAGGUUCAAAACCAAAAUUCAAUUUUCUCUGUUUACAAUCAAUAAUAGCCUUAGUGUCGCUCAGGAAAUCCAUACCUAAAAUUAAAUCAAAUAUCAAAUUAGGUAUCACGUAAAAUUUUCGAUCCCAUGAAAAUUUUUCAACUUUUAUGUGCAAAAUAACGCUUGAUUUACUUUCGUAUAUCUUACCGUCCGCCAGUUGAAUUUUGAAGUAACAGGGGUUCACUUUUCCCUUCCCUAAUCCUUUUUUUAUUUUCAUGCAUUCAUCCGCGAAUUUUUGAUUCACAAAACUUAGACUGGCUCCCGUAUCAAUUAGGCUAGUAACCUUCCUAUCACCCACUUCAACCUUCAUACAAAAAUUAUUGAUAUUUCGCAUUACCAUUAAUCUGUGUUUUUCUUUAAACCUAUAUUUCUUAUCACGCGAGUUUAUUCUACACCAACACGCGAGAUGUCCCUCUUGCACACAAUAGCCACAUUUGAUAAUUUUCAAUUUUUCGUGACAUUCUCUCGCUAAGUGUCCUAACAUAUCACACUUAAAGCAUUUAACAUUUUUUUUAUAACUAUUCCUAUUGCCUCCAUCCCUGGGCCUUCCAUCUCUCUGGUUACAAUUCCGACUUAAAUGCCCAAAUUUCUCACAAGAAAAACAUACCUUAUUCUCAACCUUUGCUCCCUUACGCGGCAUUAAAUUACCCGCAUCAUUUUUAUUGUCUUUAAGUAUACAACAUUUAAUAAAAUCUUUUUUUCUUUCCCUUAACUCGUAACCCGGAACCAUCUUCUCGUGUUUACAUUGCCGCACAUAAUGCCCUGGGGCAUGGCAUCGGUAACAUGUUCGCGUAAUUGCCUUUUUCUGAAAAUCCUUCCUCUCUGGCUCAGCAGUAUCAGUUUUUAUACCCUCAACACCAUCUCUCUUAUUAUAAACGCGCGCGGUUCUUUCAUACUCUACCCGCGCGAACAUUAAAUUAUCAACUUUCGCGCCCCACUCUAAUAAUUCACCUACCCUUUCAGGUCUCUUUAGGAAUGAACACUCCCUACGAACUUCGGGAUUCAUAUUCUCCAAAAUUAGACUCACUACUUCUCCCUCCAAAAAAUUAUCUUCAAAAAUUUUCGCAUAUUGCAAAAUUUCAUGCACGUAACUACCCAUUGACUCA